AUGCCCCCCAAAGUUGCCAAGGGCGAAUAUAUCGAGACUGAUACGGGAAACAAGAUCUCGCGUCGCUCUCAAAUUCACGGCACUCAGCACAUUAUCCUCGGCGGUAAAACUGUCAUCCAAGCCGAAGCUGUCAUUAGAGGUGACCUAUAUCGCCUACCCUCGACCGCCGCCUCUACAGACCCGAAUAACCCCUCCCCGCAACCCAAUACUCCAAGUGUGGCCAUCACCGUCGGCCGAUACAGCUAUAUCUCCAAGAGUGCGGUCCUACGCCCGCCGAGCAGGAUACACCGAGGUGUACACUCUUUCUACCCUCUCAAGAUUGGCGAUCAUGUCUUUGUCGGUGAGUCGGCUGUUGUCGAGGCCGCGUCUCUCGGAAACCAUGUCCAUGUCGGUGCUGGGGCAAUGGUCGGCAGCAUGGCGAUCAUAAAGGAUUUCUCGGUUGUGCUGGACGGUGCUGUCGUGUCACCUGGGAUGAUUGUGCCAAGCUGGUGUGUUGUGGGAGGGCAGCCUGCGAGAAUUGUCGGCGAAGUGGGCGAAGGCUACGGCAUUGAGGGGGCCGAGGGUGGUAUGGCACGGGAGAGAUAUCGUGUGGUGGGGAGACCCUGA